CACGACUCUUACUUUGUUCUUGCUUCUGGUUUAGAUGAAAAAUUUUUCUGUGUAGUCUGCACGACUACUUUGAUGUAACUCUGUUGGCACACCUCCUAUCUGCUAGUCAUAUUACAUUUUACUUCUUUAUUCCUCAUUGACAUUGUGAUCGUCGCACGACCACCUGCUCUCCAAAGAUCAACAAAAUGGGUGCCAUUCAGGAGGUCCAGAAUUUCAUAGAUGGAAAGUACGCAGCUCCAUCAGCUUCUGAGGGUUCAGUCGACGUGACAGAACCGGCUACCGGGAAAGUGAUUGCCCGUGUCCCUAUCAGUGGUAAAUUAAGGCUGUUGAUGAAUCAUUAAUUAUCUACCACCUAAGUAAUUGUAGUGGUUGUAGAAGUGCGGACGCGCAGUGGGUGUGUUCGUUUCUUUUGGAGGAAGUCAACAAGGGGGGAGUGGGUUUGUUUCCCUUGGAAGUCAACAAGGUUGGAAUGCAACAAGGGGAAAGGACCAAUAAAGCCAAAGGAGGCAAGCUACUCUGCCACCCAUAGAAGUAGUGAUCACUUAGACGUGGCGUUAAUUCGAGCGGAUGUCGAUGCUGCUGUCGCUGUUGCGAAAAAAGCUCAAGUUCAGUGGGGUGCGCAAACCUAUAAAGCUCGCGUGCAAAGCUUGUUCAAGUUGAAACACUUGAUGGAAGCUAAUGCGGAAAAAAUCGUGGAGCUAGUGAAGCAGGAACAUGGAAAGAACAAAGCUGAAGGCAUGGCUAGUUUGAUGAAAGGUAAGAUUUCCAGUAUAACGCGACAUGCUCGUCUUCAAAAGUUUAUUUAAAUAAGUUUUCCUCUCCUUGGACUUGGAGAGUGCUGGUCUCUUGGAACGAAGUAUGAACCAAGACCGUGCUCUUGUCCUCUUUCAAGUUCAUCCGCCCCUUCCCAGUGAAUCUGAGAACAAAUCAAAUAACAGGUAUCGAAACUCUUGAAUGGGCUACUUCGUUACCCCAAAUGGCCUGCGGGCGCUACCUGGAAGUAUCGCGCGGUAUCUCAUGUAGGGAUCAAAGAGACCCUCUAGGCGUCGUCGCCUGCAUCGUCCCCUUCAAUUUUCCGGUUAUGGUCCCGUUCUGGACAGUUCCGAUUGCAAUUGCAUGUGGAAACGCAGUUAUUCUGAAACCGAGUGAGAAGGUAAUGGUCCUUGUCGCUGAAUCUUGAACAACAUCAUAAAGUAGUUUCAAAUUCAAUCAUAUCAUCAUCAGUAUACCAUCUUCAUGAUAAAGUAGUUUCAAAGCCGAUUCAGACAAAUACAACAAGCAUCAUAGCUUUAUCUAGAACGUGUAGUUACCUAGAAUUUUUAGACUGAGUAAGAGUACUACAUACAAAACCAUUCAUUGCGAAAAUAAGAACUUCAACGUUGAAUCCCAGCAGCAGCACCAGCAUCACAUCAUUCAUGACACUCAAUCUCACGCUCACCUUCCAGGUCCCCCUAACAAUGACGUAUAUAGCUUCUCUUAUCAAGGAAGCGGGUGUUCCGGAUGGAAUUUUCCAAACGAUCAAUGGAACCAAACCCACCUGCGACGCUUUGAUAGAACAUCCUGAUAUCAAGGCAGUAACUUUCGUCGGCACUUCACAUAUUGCAAAAAUGGUGCAACAGAAGUUAUGGACGAGCAGAAGAUUUUCUUUUUCACACGAAUAACAAGUACAUAUGAAGAUAGAAUAAUUUAUAGAACGGAAAAUGAGAUGAAAUCUCAAACUGCAAUGAAUGUAUUAUAGAAAGGAUCAAUCCCUGCUGAGUGGUCCUCCCACCUAUUCCCGCUGUUGCUCCUACUUCUAAUCCUCGCCUCGUCACUCGGAAAACGUGCGUUAUGUCUGGGCGGGGCUAAGAAUCAUCUCUGUAUCCUGCCAGACGCCGACUACGACAUGUGCACCACCGAUAUAAUGAACUCCUUCGCUGGAUCCACAGGACAACGCUGUAUGGCAGCGAGCGUUCUUAUACUUGUUGGCGACGUUAAACCAGCCUUCAUGGAGAUGCUAGUCAAGAAAGCGAGUGUACUUUAACUUUAUUUACCUCAAGUAGAGCAAAAAAGUUAUUUACUUGUGUAGUUCUUAUGUUGUUUUCCCACGCGAUGAGGUUCUUGAGGCAAUUAUAUUUUUACUCCAGCAGUUGCAGUUGUGCUUGAUGAACCUGAUGUCUGCACUGACUGCCAGUCAAUGUUAAAAAUCUAACGAAUCUAAAACCACAUCACCCAGGCCCUCAAAGCGGGUCAGGAAGCUGGGCAGAUUGGACCGGUCAUUGACGAAGUGUCCAAAAACAAAAUCUUGAAAUACAUCGACGAAGCGGAGCAACGUUUAUGGUCGGUUUUUCUUCAUGUCUCUCAGCAUUCACAUUCUUCAUCUAGCAUCUUGGUACAAUAACAACAACAGUCUUCCUUUUGGCCCCAUGAGGGAAGACGAAGAUGAAGAAGAUGAACACGACAAGAUGAAAGGUGCCAAAAUUAAGUUGGGAGCCCAGUAGAUCAUGAUUGAAUUCUUGCUUUCUUACGCUCUAAAACGAGAUGGAGCUGAGGUGCUAGUCGACGGCAGAAGUUGGGCUAGCAAGGAAGGCUUUUGGGUAGGACCGACCAUAUUGAAGCACAAAAGCGCGAACGACGCUGCAGUCCGAGAGGAAAUAUUUGGACCAUGCUUAUCUUAUGAAGAAGGGAGGACGAAAGACGUUGUUAUUUUCUCCCCAGAAGACGUUCUGCAUUUUUUUUCUUAUACUUUUUUACCCCCAGCAGCAGAAGACAUUCUUCGAUGCUGUUCUUGUUUUGCCUAGUACUUGAAGAAUGAAACACAAGCAUCAAAUCAAGAAGACGAUGCAGAGCUGCAACAAUAAUUGAAGCGUACUAGUUGAUGUGAUCCUGACUCACUUCUUCUUCCUCGUCUAACAUAGAAUUGUAGCAGUGAAGACGUUUGAUGAGGCCAUUGCAAUCGAGAACUCGAACGAAUACGGGAACGCAGCUGGCAUCUAUACCAGCGUUGGACAACACGCCGACUACUUCUUGAAACUUAAGGCUCUAGGUAUAGUUGGUCAUUAAGCUAUACCUAUAGUUCUUAGUCACUAGUAACUAGUACUACACUAUCUGGUUCUGUGGUCUGUUGUAGACAACUUACAACUUCUUCUAGGCUUAGGUUUUUUGACCUCUCUUCAGCACUCUCUCAACAACCACCUCCACAGAUAAUUGAUGUAAUUCACGACUAGUUGAUGUAACUCAUGGUCAUGAUCUGAUCAUUUUUGAGAUCUUAAUGAAAAUGAAAUACAUCAAUCAUUGAUAUAUUUCAUUUUCAUGAAGAUAGAUGACUAAGUGCCCCUCUUCAUCCUCUAAGAACUGUUUUAGUGCGGCGAUGUUAGGCGUAAACAUCGGAGUUCCAGUGCCCCGUGAGCCAUUCUCGUUUGGGGGGAUGAAUAUGAGCAAUUUUGGCAUUGGCGACAUCACAGGAGAAGGCUGCAUGGAAUUCAUGACCCAGAGAAAAAAAAUCACGACCAAAUGGGUUCCUCCACAAGACCAAAGUGUCGUCACAAGUAGCUUUAUCAGCUAAGUAAACACAAACUACAGGAUUUGUUUAAUGCUUGGAUCACGUUGUAUACUUUCUUAGACUGUAGUCACAGUGUGAUUUGUGUUAGUGUUUGAGUUUGUGGUACAUCUACUCAUCGUGUCCUGCUGUUGUACUUGUAGAACAAGGGCCACACACUGGUCUGCUACAACACCUGGACUUUCGAAUAAAGCAAAAGAAAGUCCUGCUGUUGUAGCUGGGCGUGCUGAUGCGCUUAUCCGCACCAAUGCCUUGCGAUUUUCUUGUAGGAAAUAGUUGCUCUGCUUCUACCCUGCUUUGGAUCACUACAUCACAUUCAUUGUUGUAGGUUCUUUCCUUGUUGUUCCUACCGCCUGCGCGCCGAACAAAAAUUUGAAUUAGCACCCACUACGACACUACCAUAACCAUUUACAUUUUUGUCGACCAUUAUUGUUUACCAUCUCGCACUCGUUCUACGCGACAAUGUGAUGAACCAACUAGUAGUAAAACGGUGUCUCUUGAAAAUAAAGUCUUGUUUCUAGUGUAAGUAAGCUUUUUUCAAGGACAAAAUUGAAAGACUUUGCAAUAAGAACUGGGUAGACCACUAUG